AAAUAAAACAUAUAUAAAUGAAUAACUCAUAAACGUAGUUUUUGACGAUCGUUUAGUCGUUGCCUAGCAACUGAAAUGCUAAAACAAUUACGGUGUCACAGAACUUGCGAGUGAAGGCCAUUACAAGCAAAGAAAUUCAUUAUUUGCGAUAAAGAGAAAGAGAGGAAGAGGAGAAGAACGGAAAUAGAGAGAGGGAAAGAGAAGAGGAACCAAAAUGAAACCAAUUGUUGAACUUGCUAAGAUAAGUCACUUUUCACGCUAUGAAACGAAUUACCUGAUUAAGAUGUACCAACACUACACAGACAAAAAACUAGACAGGAUCAGGUUCCGGGAUAUUCUGUUGUAUAUAUUUGGAAUGACCAACGACAUUUUAAUGGAUCGAGUUUUCAGGGCAUUUGAUAAAGAUAAUGACAGCUGGAUCAGCAUUGAGGAAUGGAUCGGUGGAUUGUCUGUUUUUCUCAGAGGAAAUAAUGAAGAGAAGAUGGCCUAUUGUUUCGAUGUGUACGACCUCAACGGUGAUGGUUAUAUUUCCCGAGAAGAAAUGUUUCAAAUGCUGAAGAACUGUUUAAUCAAGCAACCAACAGAAGAAGAUCCCGAUGAAGGAAUCAAGGACCUUGUGGAUAUGGUGUUGAAGAAAAUGGAUGUCGAUCAUGAUGCCAGACUCUCAUUCAGCGAUUACCGAACAUCUGUCAUUGCUGAACCCCUCCUUAUCGAGGCUUUUGGUCCCUGUCUCCCAACUGAAGAGCAAAAGGAGUUAUUUAUGACGACACGGGUAUGUGACAAAAUCCCAGGCCAUGUCUGUGAAGACUGAGAACUAUAUAUUACCACUGUUGAUCCGACAUAAAUGGAAUCCUCUUGAAAAUAUUAGAUAAAAUUUGGCAGCAUAUAUUCUACAAGUAUUAAUUUAUUGCUGUUA